GAAUUCUGAAGGGGCCUAGACAUGGCGGGCAGUGCGGCAGACAGUGCCAACCACCUGCCUUACUUUUUUGGCAACAUCACCCGGGAAGAGGCUGAAGACUACCUGGUGCAGGGAGGCAUGAGUGAUGGGCUCUACCUACUACGCCAGAGUCGCAAUUACCUGGGUGGUUUCGCUUUGUCAGUGGCACAUAGCAGGAAGGCACACCACUACACCAUCGAGAGGGAACUUAAUGGCACCUAUGCCAUCUCCGGUGGCCGGACCCAUGCCAGCCCGGCGGACCUCUGCCACUACCACUCUCAGGAAUCUGAUGGCCUCGUCUGCCUCCUUAAGAAGCCCUUCAACCGGCCUCCGGGGGUACAGCCCAAGACCGGACCCUUCGAGGACCUGAAGGAAAACCUCAUCAGGGAAUAUGUGAAACAGACCUGGAACCUUCAGGGCCAGGCUCUGGAGCAAGCCAUCAUCAGCCAGAAGCCCCAGCUGGAGAAGCUGAUCGCCACCACUGCCCAUGAGAAGAUGCCCUGGUUCCAUGGCAACAUCUCCAGAGAUGAAUCAGAGCAGUCAGUGCUCAUAGGAUCAAAGAUCAAUGGAAAAUUCCUGAUCAGAGCCAGAGACAACAGCGGAUCCUACGCUCUGUGCUUGCUGCAUGAAGGGAAGGUGCUGCACUAUCGCAUCGACAGGGACAAGACUGGGAAGCUGUCCAUCCCCGAAGGGAAGAAGUUUGACACCCUCUGGCAGCUAGUGGAACAUUACUCUUACAAGCCAGACGGGCUGUUAAGAGUCCUCACAGUACCAUGCCAAAAGAUCGGCGCACAGAUUGGCAACCCACCAAGCCCAAAUGCCCAUCCUGUGACUUGGUCACCAGGUGGAAUACUCUCAAGAAUCAAAUCCUACUCCUUCCCAAAGCCUGGCUACAAAAAGCCUGCCCCGCCCCAAGCGAGUCGUCCAGAGUCUGUGUCCUUCAACCCCUAUGAGCCAACAGGAGGGUCCUGGGCUCCAGACAGAGGCCUCCAGCGAGAAGCCCUACCUAUGGACACGGAGGUGUAUGAGAGCCCUUAUGCUGACCCUGAAGAGAUCAGGCCCAAAGAGGUCUACCUAGACAGAAACCUGCUGACCCUGGAGGACAGCGAGCUCGGCUCUGGUAACUUCGGGACUGUGAAAAAAGGAUACUACCAAAUGAAAAAGGUUGUGAAGACAGUGGCUGUGAAAAUCCUGAAGAAUGAGGCCAAUGACCCUGCUCUGAAGGACGAGCUGCUGGCUGAGGCAAACGUCAUGCAGCAGCUGGACAACCCCUACAUUGUGCGCAUGAUCGGAAUCUGCGAGGCAGAGUCCUGGAUGCUGGUGAUGGAGAUGGCAGAGCUGGGGCCCCUCAACAAGUACCUGCAGCAGAACAGGCACAUCAAGGAUAAGAACAUCAUAGAGCUGGUUCACCAGGUUUCCAUGGGAAUGAAGUAUUUGGAAGAGUGCAAUUUCGUUCACAGAGAUCUGGCUGCAAGGAACGUGCUUCUGGUCACACAGCACUAUGCCAAGAUCAGCGAUUUCGGUCUUUCCAAAGCCCUUCGUGCCGAUGAAAACUAUUACAAGGCGCAGACCCAUGGGAAGUGGCCCGUGAAGUGGUACGCCCCCGAAUGCAUCAACUACUACAAGUUCUCCAGCAAGAGUGACGUCUGGAGCUUUGGCGUCCUGAUGUGGGAAGCAUUCUCCUAUGGGCAGAAGCCAUACAGAGGGAUGAAAGGGAGUGAAGUGACUGCCAUGCUGGAGAAAGGAGAGCGGAUGGGCUGCCCUCCAGGAUGCCCACGAGAGAUGUACGAGCUGAUGAACCUGUGCUGGACAUACGAUGUAGAGAACCGGCCAGGAUUCACAGCUGUGGAGCUGAGGCUUCGAAAUUACUACUACGACGUGGUUAACUAACAGCUUGAAGACCUGUCAUUGGCCACCUUGGAUUCUCGGCGAUCACAGGAAAUUCAUUCAGAUGAACUGGCUUUCAAAGUUUCGUCUCCCUCUGCCCAGAGUGAGAGCUAAGCAAAGCUGGGACCUACCGUCAGUCACAGCAGGUCUGGUUCCAAAA